GCAUUGUUUACACGGGCUUCGUAGCUAAGCGCUUAGUACUUGUCACUAUACUAAAGCCUCAUAAGACAAGUGAAAAGUAACCGUUUACACGUUGGAGCCAGUAGAAGUCAUUAGUGACCAGACAUUCGAAAUGGAACGACGCCGCCUGAUUUUGCGCAGUGUGUUUAAACAAUAUUCAAACAUUAUUAUUUCAAGCAUGAUCGAAGAGCUUGAAAGACAAACAUUAAAAAGGAAACGUUUGUGGACAAGACAGUGGUUACUGCGCAGAGAUGAACGGGGCCAUUCUGCUCUUCUAUUAAAAGAGCUAGCAACCGAAGAUCCAGGAGAAUAUAGAGUAACUAUGAGAAUGUCGACGGCACAAUUUGAUAUUUUAUUAGAAAAAGUUGCACCAGCAAUUCAAAGACAAGACACAAAUAUGAGGAGUGCCAUACCAGCUAAAUUAAAAUUGGAGGUUACUUUGUCAUUUUUGGCAACAGGAAGCAGCUACCGCAUGUUAUCACACAUGUUCAGAGUUUCUAAACCAGCGAUUUCAAAAUUCAUACCCGAAGUCUUGGAUGAAAUUUAUAAUCAACUUUCGGAUUACAUGAAGGUUCCUGCUACAGAGGAUGAAUGGAAGAAAAUAGAAAGAGGUUUCAAUACACGUUGGAACUUUCCAGGGGCUCACGGUGCUAUAGAUGGCAAGCAUAUAUGUAUUCAAGCACCUCCUGACUGUGGCAGUGAUUAUUUUAAUUAUAAAGGAAGCAACAGCAUCGUGCUAAUGGCCGUCGUAGAUGAUGAUUACUGUUUUAUAUAUGCUAAUAUUGGCGCAAACGGCCGGUGCUCAGAUGGUGGUGUUUUUCAGAACUGUUCGAUUUUUCGUGAUCUCGAAAACAAUAUGUUGCCAAACAAUGGAUUUUUUGUUGGAUAUGACGCAUUUCCCCUGAAAUCAUAUUUAUUGAAACCUUACAAGCAUAGUCCUUUGACCUACGAACAGAAAAUUUUUAAUUAUAGAUUGUCAAGGGCCCGAAGAAUCGUCGAGAAUGCUUUUGGCAUCUUAGCCAGUCGCUUUAGAAUUUUUAGAACAUCUAUAUCUACGAAUCUCACAGUUACUGAUCGCAUUGUUCGUACAACAUGCACUAUACAUAACUGGCUUAGAAAAACUUCAAGGACAUACCUAACCACGAGAUGUGUUGACUAUGAAAAUUUGGAAACUGGGGAAAUUAUUCCAGGAUUAUGGAGGGACGCCAACUUUGAUUUGCAAAAUGUUCAGCCAGUGGGUAGUAAUCACUCGUCAAGAAUGGCCCGACAAUUGAGAGAAAGAUAUACGAAUUACUUCGUAAACGAAGGUGCCGUAUCAUGGCAAUCUAGAAUGAUCUAUUAGUUUAAAAUGUACAACUUUAUUAAUUAAAUUAAAUCUAUUGUUAAAUAAGUACAUACCUACUAAUACCUGUGUUAUAUUAUAACACAGGUUUAUAACCUAGCUUAGGCUUCAGUCUCCCACAAAACAUAUACCUGCAAGUAUAUGAUAAAUAAUCAUGGUUCGAGACUUAUUAUUAUUGAAUAUAAUACCUACUUCAAAAUAAAUCUAAUACCUACCCUAUGAAAAAUGUUGUUUUAUUACUUACAUUUUCUAUAGUUGU